AUGUUCCAAACCCUGCAGCAGCUCAGGGACUCCUCUCUCCUCACUGACCUGACUCUGAGCACUGAGGAUGGGCAGCGUCUCCACGCGCACUCCCCCGUCAUGGCUGCUGUGAGCACCCUCGUACACCAGAGACUGCAAGAGAGGGAUGAGGAGAACGAGAGGAGAGAUGUUGACAUGUAUAUACAGACAGAGAUAUCCAUCAGUCUGGGUCCUGAGGUGGGGUGUGUGGGGCUGGCAGGGGUGCUGGAGUUUGCCUACACUGGAGCCUUAGCAGCUCUGAACAGACACACACUGGCCCAGAUACAGACUGCAGCUACAACACUAGGGGUCCCCAGAGUUCUAGAACUCUGCAGUGAAGAGGAGGAGAAGAUGAAGAAGGGAGUAGAGAAGAGGGCAGGAGAGAAGAAGAUCUCUGCUGAAGAACAGAUGAAGGUCAGUCUUCAGUCCAUCAGAGAGCUGUGGGCAGAGAGAGUGGGCUGUGAUGUGGAGCUGGAGGUUGGAGGAACGUCAUUCCAUGUCCACAGAGUGCUCCUGUCUGCCAGUAGUGACUACUUCCGGGGAAUGUUCACCAGCGGGAUGAAGGAAUCCAAGCAGGCCUGUGUGGCCCUUCCCUUCCUGCAAGCCUCAGACCUGGAGGCCCUGAUUGGCUACUCCUACAGCGGGUACCUCCCCCUCAGCUGGGGACGUGUCUUUGAGAUCACCUGCAUUGCCUUCCAGCUCCAGUUCCAGCCCGCCCUCUUGCUGUGCCUCGACUUCCUGAAACAAGAAAUGGACGCCCACUCCUGCCUGGACGUGGCGUCCUUCGCAGAGGCUUAUGGCGUAACGGAACUCCUUGAAGUGGCCAACGACUUUAUUCUGAGACACUUCGAAAAUGUGGCAGCCACCCCUAAAUUCCAAGACCUGCCAGUCAAGAAGCUUAGAAAAUACCUGAAAAGCAACUCCCUCUUUGUGCCCUCUGAGCUUGUGGUCUUCAAGGCAGUGGUGGUCUGGAUCGAGGCCUGUCCCAGCGAAAGGAUUAAACUCACCAAAGAGCUGAUGAAGAACGUCCACUUUCCUCUCAUGACAUUCAAGGAGUUCAGUGAAGUUAAAACUGCAAAACUGUGGACUGAAUGCAACAUAAAACGUCUCUACCAGACUAUGCUGGAGGACUUUCGCUCUUAUCACGUUGCAUCUGAGACCCCGUGCAGGGUCUACCUGCCAAAGGACAGCCUAGUCUUGGUGGGUGGAGACCAGAUCUCUGCCGACUUUAUCCGGCGAACCCCCAGUCGAGAACUGUGGUUUGGGAACUCUCUGAGGAACUACACAGGCGUUGUGAAGACAGUUGAGUGGAGGUUGCUGGGAGAGAUGCCAAAGCCACCAAGGUUAAGUCACGAAUUGGCUGUAGUCGCAGGGAAGUUGUACGUGCUCGGGGGACAGAAUUAUAAAGGCAUGCUUGGUGUUCUAAACUCGGUCUACAGAUAUGAUCUGCUUCAGAACCGCUGGGAGAGAUUGGCCAACUUGCAGGAGAAAAGGUGUAAUUUUUCUGUGGUUGUUCUGGACGAGAUGAUAUAUGCCAUUGGAGGGUACAUUGAUCCAGAAACUAACCUGGGUAGUGUGGAGCGCUACUGUCCAAAUACAGAUUCCUGGAGCUUUGCCCAACCCUUGGAUAUGACCUUGAGUUGCCAUGCUGCCACAUUGUUGGAUGGAAAGGUCUUCAUCUCAGGAGGGUUCGACUGCAGGUACCAGUGUCUGGUGUCCAUGUUCCUGUACCAUCCUGAGAGAGGAACAACCUACCUGGCAGAGAUGAGCCAACCUCGAGCCUAUCACUGCAUGGAGACUUUAAACAACCAUCUUUAUGUGGCCGGAGGAGUCACUGUUGAUGAAAACAUGACGUCUAUUGACCAGCUGGCCUGUGAGGUCUACGACCCUGUUAGUGACUCCUGGAGUACCCUCAUGCCCCUGGCCGUCUCCCAUGUUGGAGCAGCCUCUGUGGUUCUGGAGGGGAAGAUCUAUGUGCUGGGAGGAUACUGCCAAGAGAGAUACAGGGAGACCAGACUGGUGCAUCGCUAUGAUCCCACCAUCCAACGAUGGGAGAAUAUCGGCGAGAUACCCGGACCUAACACUGACAUAAGAGCCUGUUUGCUCCACCUGCCCAAACACUUGAGACAAUGA